GGAAAGUUUUGUUACAAAAAAACCCCACUUCUUCUUUUUUAUUUAUCAUUUUUCUCAUCAUUUGAUUUAUAGAUUUAUAGAAUAACAAAGGGAUGGAAGUCAACAGUACAAAAAGCCUUUUUAAGGAUCUUAGAAAUUCAACCCUUACAUCAGGCUCAUAUCAACCAAACACAACAUACAGGAAGAAUCUCGUGGAACUAGAUCUUCAGAAUUUCAUAAACAACGACCUUCCAGUUACAUCUAUUCUUAGUGUUCUUUCGUUACUUGGAGUUAUCGGGAAUCUUCAUGCUAUUGUUAUAUUUCGUAGGUACCCGGUAUCUCCCGUUAAGAUUCUAAUAUUAUGGAUGGUUGUGAUUGAUUUCGUCACGUGUUUUAUCUGUAUUCCACUAGAACUGGUGCAGAUACGUUUCACUUUCACAUAUCCAUCCGAUGAAUUAUGCAAAUUUACUCGUUUUCUUACUCAUUAUACGAGUUUAACUGCCGGUACCUUUCUUAUCCUAAUAUCAGUCGAACGACGACAAAAAAUAUGCGCGCCAUUUCAGUGGCAAUUGUCUCUCAAAAGAGCAAAAAAAUUGGGGAUAGUUGUGAUACUAUUAUGCGCUUUGAUAUCUAUUCCGUCCGUGUUUUUAUACGGACUUUCAGAACGAAGUGUAAAUUUUGCAGGACUGGUUGGUAAAGGUUGUAUUAAUGUUCUGAAGGGAAAGACAGAGUCAAUGCUAAAAAAAUAUAGCUACGCCAUAUUGGUUUUGGUCGUCAGUUUUAUUGGAUUUUUUAUAUGCGCUGUCGCUUAUAUUCAGAUUGUCAAUGAAAUAAGAAAACAACUUCGAACAGAAAAGAACAGAACGAUACAGUUUUUAGACGGAAUCUCUAACAAUGAAGAUCCAACAUCCCCUGGACCAAUGACCAGAUCAGAGAGCCUUGCUCCAGGAACUUUGGAUCAGUUUACUUCCACAAUACAAGGAAGAAAAACGCUACAAAAGCGUUAUAAAGACUCAAAAACUUUGACUAUUAUGAUACUUAUAGCAACUGGAGUAUCCUACGCUGGUUUCAUUCUACAUGUCUCUGCUGUUAUCUUACGAACAGCAAUAACAAAGGAAGCAUUCGAAGGUAUACAAUCAAUACAUGCUGUUUUAAUUAGAGGCUAUUAUUUACAUAGUACACUUCAUCCAAUUAUAUACUUCAUUGUAGACAAACGAUUUAGGACUGAGUGUAAAAAUGUUUACAGAAGUAUAACAAUGUCAUUUUCUGUUGAUCAUGUUGAUAAAGAAUAAUAGUUAAACACU